UGCUCGUGUGCAGACGUCUCGCACAGCUGCCGAAAAAGAAGGAAUCGAGUGCUUAAAUCGGGGGAGAAAGUCAGAAACCACAGCCUGCGGGUACCUGUGCUUUCACCUGUGCAAAAAUUAAUCACAUUCCAAUUUGGCAAUCAAGCCGGAAUCCACUGAGUGGUGGAUCAGGAGCCAUAAUGCUGGCCACAAAGUUCAAGAGCCAUUGGAGACGAUGACAUGGGGCUUUUCACACUCCGAGUCGCGAAAAUAUAUGUGCACAAGCCACAAGUAUACAUACAGAGACGUAGCGAAGGCAAAUCUGCUUUUAGGUCACACAAAAGGCUCUCGCAGCAGCAGCAGCAGGACCAUCCGAAACCGAAAAAACAUCAACAGGAGCAGCCGAGGAAUUCCAAGAACGAACCAACAAAAUCCACAUUGAUGAGCGUCGCCUGGGGACUGAGGAAUUGAGGAGCGGUCGCGAUGCCUUCCCGUCGUUCCGGUGGCGGUGGCACCACCAAGCGGAAGCACUCGCUGGGCAACCUGCGACGUGCCCAUCCCGCCUCGGGGGCCACGUGGAACGUGCAGGUGGUGCGGGGCAAGAUGUCCUCGAAGUGCCUGUGGCACGCCUGCCGGGCUCUGAUCCUGGGCCUCACCCUGAUGCUCCUGGGCGCCGGAAUGGCCACCUUGGGCUACUAUGCGGAUCACCUGUCGAUGGGAUCGGAGCUGCGCGGCAAUGUCACCGUGCGGGUGAAGAACGACCUGAAGGGCUUCCAUCUGAACAACUUCGCGUAUGUGGGACCCAUUGUCAUGGGCUUCGGCGGCUUCAUAGUGGUGGCCUCCUGCGUGAUGACCUUCGAGGCCCGCGACUCCGCCGCCAAGGUCGUUCCGGCGAGAUUGAGAGCGGGCGGAGGCGGGAGCAGCAAGAAUCCCUCAAGGAGCAACCAGGGGAGCUCCGCUUCGCAGCGACGUGGAAUGGGUGCCCAGUACCAGUCGAGUCGCUGGGACCAGCACUUCGGGGUGUUCCGCUCCUCGCCGGGCGAUCCUCACCAGCAGCCGCAAACCGCCUGCAUUUCGAACACACAUCCGCAUCCGCACGCACAUCCGCAGCAGCCCUUCGAUCGCGAGGCACUCACCGCCGAGCUGGUAAAGUUCUCCAGGUCGCUCAGUGCAUCCAAUCGCUUCUGUCCCCAGUGGCGCCGCCUCUCGGGGGCAGGAUCCGCUCCGGAUUUGUCCGGAUCUCAUACUACACCUACCAACUGCACCACCAAUAACUCAAGUUAUCAAAAUCAAAACCAGACCACCACUAAUUACUACAAUUUGCUCUCACUGAACUGUCGUCUGUCGCCGCUGGAAUGGGAAAUGUAUUGCUCGCAACGCCGACAUCGUCGUCAUCACCACCAUCGCCAUUCGAAUCAUCAAUCGAAUCAUGUAUCGAAUCAUCUAUCGAAUCAUCACCACAAAUCCUCGAGCAGCAGUGUGCGACGAGUGCGUCAGGUGCGACCUGGAUCGGGUCAGAGUUCGAAUCCCAGUGGUGGAGGAGGCGGCGGCGGAGGAGCAGGCUCCUCUUCGUCGGCCCGGAUUAUAAGCAAUUCUUCGAGCCUAAUCCAAAGGGCCACCAGGGAGUGCUCGCUGCUCCAACCGCCAGCCGCAAGUCGUGUUUACUGGCAGGCCUCCUCCUUCGACAGUGGGAGCAAUCCUCUGCCUGGUCUGGGCCUCAGUUCGGGGGCCGAAAAGCGCAGUGAGCGGAACAAGCGAUCGGAUACCGCGAAGAGGCAUGUUUUGUCACGGCAGAAACCCAUCGAACAGGAGGAGGCACGCGAUCACAGCCGCAGUCCACUGGGACACAGGCGAAACUCCACAAUGUCGGACUCCUCGUAUAGCGGCCGCUGGACGGCUCGCUGUGCGUCCAUCGCCAGUCGAACAUCCAGCAUUGAGUCUCGGCGUGUUCAAGUGGAUCUCCAUAGUCCUGAGGUGAUGCCCAAGUCGAUUCUGCGAUCGCCCAAGCGAUAUAGCUCCGGUCCCUCGGCCACGCCCUCUGUGGAGAAGGAAUUUCGCAGCCAGUUAUCCGUGUGCUCGGAGCCACCGCCGCCGGUGCGUCAGCUGUCGGGUCAAUCCAGCAUGGAGCCGGCGGUGCCGGAGGAGAGUCUCGAUCAGUCGGAGGAGCAGGAGGCCACCACCUCGCAGCCCAAGACGUCCUACGAGGAGAUCACCGAGUUGCAUCACCACACGAGCAGUUUGCCGCCGAAGAAGGCGCGUCCCGGAUUUUUGCCCCUCGCCCGCAGCGAACAGAACGAUGAGGAGAUCGAAAGGCCAGUGGUGGUGGUCAAUCCGCUGUACAGGAGCAACAGUUCACGGCAGUUCUACAGACCCAAAAAGGGAGUGCCCAAUGAGAGGGAUGACUCCGUGUUCUACAUACGAUCCAUGGAAAGGGGAUUGGCAGGGAGUGGAAAUGGUGAUGAGCAGAUGUACGAUUCCCUGAGGGUCAUAAAUGAGAGGAGGAGCACUUUGUUGAAGGCCGAUUCCCAGAGUUCCUUGGGAUCGGCGGAGAGAAAGCUGAGUAGCUUUUCCCUGAAAAUGCCAGAGAUCACAGAACGCGAGAAUUCUAUAGAGAUUGAAAUGGAUGCGGAUGAGCUGCCUGCUCCUCCUCCUCCUCUUUCUCCUCCUCCUUCUCUGGUUAAUCCGCCUCCAGUCGAAACAACCGAUAAAAUCCCAGAUCAUGAUCCCUAGGAUCUAGCAAUCGAACCCACUUCGUAGCGUUUAACCAGCGGCCAUCGACAAUUACUUUAGCAACUCGAUUGAUGUUUGUAUAUGUAUUUUUGUGCGUGUGCGUGUCGUUUAUUUUUAUAGCCCCAUAGAUCGUAUACCUAGAUAAGUGUUAUAUAUGAUAUACUAUACUGUAUAAUACCAGCAAUUAUCUCUGUGUUGCCUUUCGGGCAUAAGCAAU